AUGAGCGCGCGCCACAACAAGGCACCCCAGUCAACCACCAUUCUCGUCACUGCCAUCCCCGAGGGCUUGAACACCGAAGAAGCACUCUUUGACAUCUUUGACCGGUUCUCUGGUGGAGUGUCCAAAAUCUGGCUCAACAGACACCCGAAGAACAUAUUGAAGCUGUGCAAGGAGCGGGAUGAGAUUGUACCAAAGCUGGAAAUGGCAGAGUACAACUACAUUCGAUCAGCAUACAGUAAAAAGGCGCAAAAAGAUCCCAAAUUCAAGGAUCCAGCACGACCUCUUGGGAGAGUGUCAAGAAUCCCAUUCUGGGGCAAGAAGGUCGACCUCAUCAACUUCUACACGGAACGGCUCGCACACCUUAACAGUGAAAUCGAAUCAGCACAACAAACAGGAUCCCUCAAAUCACUCAACUCGGCCUUUAUCCAGUUCAACUGUCAGUUUGGCGCCCAUAGUGCUGUACAGACGGUCGUUCACCCUAAACCAUUCCACAUGACACCCAUGUACUCGGAGAUCUCGCCCUUGGAUGUUGUGUGGGACAACAUGAACCUGAGUACGAUCGUCACCAAAGGUCGUCGUCUGGUUAUUCUCGCAGUCUCGACGGCUAUGAUCUUGUUCUGGACCGUCCCUACGCUUUUCAUCGCCAGUAUCUCCAGUUUGUCAGUUUUGGUCGAUGCGUUUUCAUUUCUCGCCUUCUUGGAGCAGCUGCCGAGUGCAGUGAUUCCUCUCGUCGAGGGUAUUAUUCCACCACUGAUGCUUGCUGGACUCAUGGCUGUGCUCCCCGUUAUCCUGACGACUAUGGCGACCUAUGAGGGACCCGUUCGACACAGCGCUAUUACGCACUCGCUCAUGACCAAGUACUUCUUCUUUCUGGUCGUCAAUGUGCUGCUCAUCUCGACUCUGACAAACGGCUUUCUCGGGACCUACCACCAACUCGAAAAGAACGGCUUCAAGCUGGAUGACAUUGUUAGGCUCGCUGCGGAGAACCUCCCCAGGUCGUCUGCCUUCUUUAUCAACUAUGUUCUUCUUCGCGGAUUCACCGGACCGGCGUUGGAGCUCAUUCAGAUCGUUCCGCUGUUGCUCAACUUUUUUUUCACCAACCUCACGGCCAAGAGUCCCCGGCAGAUCUGGGAUGUCCAGGGUCGACUCGCGUCCGUCAACUAUGGAGUCCUCUUCCCCGAGCAGACUUUGAUUUUUUGUAUCGGCAUCGUCUACUCGACCCUCGCGCCUCUAAUCCUGCCCUUUGUGACCUUUUACUUUACCGUCUACUAUUUUGUCUUCCGGCACCAGUUCCUGUACGUCUACAGCCAACCGGUCGAGACUGGAGGUUUGUUGUUUCCUACGGCCGUCAAGCAAGUCUUUACGGGGAUCUUUAUUGGCGAGAUUACGCUGUUUGGAAUCUUUGUCCUGAAGCAGGCUACAUACAACGCGGUCCCCCAUCUGGUCUUGAUGAUCAUCCUGUUCGUCUGCACCUCCCUCUCACUCAGUAACAUGAACGAAGCCUUUGACCCCUUGGUGACCUUUUUGCCUGUGGCUCUAUUCUCCAAGGACCUCCACGUGGAUCGCCAUGGAAAUGUCACGGAUGGAGAUGAGAAGAGGAAGGAGCCCAAGUCAAAGAAGCACGACCACCAAGAACAGCCACAGGACCAAGAGGAUGUCGAGCGACCCAGUGGAGACGGGACCGUUAUGAUGCUGGAGAACCUGUCGAACAAGAACUUUACAUCCAACACAGCAGCUACUGCUGGAAGCAUCUCGUCUCCUCUGGAUCAUCUCCGAGCACAGCCACAAGAAAGCAGGACUGAGCUGCAUCAUAGAGCCUAUACUAUGGAUUACGACUCAUUGGUGCCCCCUCCUUCUGACAUUGACCCUCAGCCACCACAACACUACGCGACGAUCGAUAUGACUUACUUGGACCCGGAUCAGUUCCUGCGCCCCAACAUUUCGUACGACAGUCGGGAGUGGGGAUCCAAGGAUGGGUCGCAUCAUAUGCUGCCGCAUGACUUUCACCAACAGUCAAGGCGGUAUCAGUCCGAGGACGAUAUCACGCGCCUGUCGGGUCAACGCCAAGGUCACCUUAUACGGUUCGCGACUCAAAGCCCUAUCAAUUCGCGCCCUGCUUCGUUGCACAAUCGUCCUGUAUCGUAUGCUCAUCCUGCGACUUUCAACCACAGCGCCAACAUCAACAUCCACAACCACGACAGCGACCGUCCAGCAUCUUUCAUGGAUCGACGUGAUACCCACAACAGCAACGAUUCAGGACAUGGAAGAGGUGGACCAUGGCCCGAAGUAAUGGAGGUGGAUGCGGAACUGGAGCGCCUACAGGAUCAGGCAUACUGUCAUCCUGCAAUCUAUAAUGUCCAAAAACCUGUUUGGUUGCCCAUGGAUGAGAGAGAGCUAAUGCAGGCCGAGAUUGACAAGUUGCGGAACAGGGGUAUUGUGGUGGCUACCGAGGGUGCUUAUUUGGAUGGCAAGACUUCCAAGGCCUGUGUUGGAGGGUUGAUUUAUGCGCCUGGCGAGGAGGCUCAGUAUCGUCUUGAGCGUGGCGAGUAA